AUGUCCUCUACCGAUCCAGUGGUCGUCAUCGACGGCAAGGGACACCUCCUUGGUCGCCUGGCCAGCACUGUUGCAAAGCAGCUGCUUAACGGCCAGAAGAUCGUCGUCGUGAGAUGUGAAGCCCUCAACAUCUCUGGCGAGUUCUUCCGUGCGAAGCUCAAGUACCACGCCUACCUCCGCAAGAUCACCCGUUUCAACCCUACUCGUGGUGGUCCCUUCCACUUCCGCGCUCCUUCCCGCAUCCUGUACAAGGCUGUCCGCGGCAUGAUUCCCCACAAGACCGCCCGCGGUACUGCUGCUAUGGAGCGCCUGAAGGUCUUCGAGGGUGUUCCUCCUCCUUACGACAAGAAGAAGCGCGUCGUUGUCCCCCAGGCUCUGCGUGUUCUUCGUCUCCGCCCCGGCCGCAAGUACUGCACCGUCGGCAGACUCAGCCACGAGGUUGGCUGGAAGUACCAGGACGUUGUUGCCAGACUUGAAGAGCGACGGAAGGUUAAGAGCAGUGCAUACUACGAGCGCAAGAAGGCUGCCCGCCGCCAACUUGCCCACGCACAGAAGUCGGCGAGCGUUAGCGAAAACACCAAGAGCCAGCUCGCUGAGUACGGAUUCUAG